UUCCUUCCAGAGCAGCAUAAGGUGAGCCACUGUAUCACUGUCCAGUAGGAUCCACUGGCCUCAGACAUGGCACGUCUGGCCCUCCCUGUCUUCCUCCUGCUCUGCUUCUCCCUGCUCCACCUCAGCUCCAGCCGCCCGUCUCGCACCAGGAAGGCUGUGUCAGCUCGUCAGUCCGGAGCCGCAGAGGAAGAUGAUGUGAAGUCCCAGCUCGAGAGGUUGUGGCAGGAGGUGAACUCCCUGAAAGAGAUGCAGGCGUUGCAGACAGUUUGUCUCCGUGGCAUCAAAGCUCACAGGAAAUGUUACCUAACCAUCGAGGAGCCCAAACAUUACCACGAGGCGAAUGAAGACUGCAUCGCUCAGGGAGGAACCCUUGCAACGCCGAGGGACAUGAUGGAGAACAAUGAACUGUGGGACUAUGCAAAGAGAAGCGCUCCGGGAUCCAAGGACUUCUGGAUCGGCGUGGCAGACAUAGUGAAAGAAGGCCAGUAUGUUGAUGUCAACAGCUUGCCUGUCAGCUUUCUCAACUGGGACCGCUCCAAGAAGCAGCCCACAGGAACAAAGAGGGAGAGCUGUGUUGCUCUGUCAGUGGCUGCACAGGGAAAGUGGUACGACGAGGUGUGUCGCAGUCUGAAAAAGUACAUCUGUGAAUAUGUCAUUCCUUAAAGGUUCAUUGUGUAAGAAUUAGGUGAAAGGGAUCUACUGGCAGAAAUUGAAUAUCAAAUAAUUCUAGUGAUGUUUUCACUAGUGUGUUUCAUCUACAUUGUAUGAAUUGUUGUUUUCUUUACCCUAGAAUGGGCCCUUUAUAUUUGAGUACUUUAUAUUAACCACUCUAUACAGGCCACCAUGAUUUUUACAGUUGCCCAGAAUGGACAAACUAAAACCUUUUGAGUUUUUAUGACAACUGAGGGCUCCCACAAGUUCUCUUUCAUGUUUGGAAGUGGAGAGUGAGGUGAGGGGUAUUCAACUGCAACAUGCAACUUCACCACUAGAUGUCAAUAAAUUCUACACACUGUACCUUUAAGAGAGGGAGUGUUGUUGACAACUCAUUGAUAAUCAUUCUCGUUGGUCAUUGAUUAAAAAAAGAACAUGUUGUCAAAUUUGUGGCAAUUCAGGAUGGAAACAUGACUUAUUAUUGAUCCUUUUUUAAUUUUACCGAAUUUGACUUUACAUAUUAAUUAGGUUGCUAAUUAACUUGAAUACAGAAAUACAAAAUCAUGUUCACUUUAUAGUCCCAAAGCUCCAGGUGAUGACUGUCAACAGAAAUA